GUUUUAGAUACGUUAACUAGAUUUGAAUCAGGUGGAAUCACGAGUUACCUGACCUGCCAAUGUCAGCUGUCAAUAAUUGAAGAUUCUCACCAACGUGAGCAGUUAGUUAGUUAGUUAGUUAGUUAGUUUAGACUGGCCGAAUCAAAUCCGUUUUCAAAUUAUCACACUACGUUAACCGUACGUUAGAUAUCAGCUCUAGGGCUGCAUAAACGUCACUCAGUUAUCAAACUAAGGUGGUAACCUUAUGCUGAAACUUAAUGGAGGAACAUUCAUCAGCAAGUUGCCUCAGAGCAGCGUAUGGUCACUAUGGAAACUAGCUAGCUACUCUGCCUACUUCCAAGGUCACAAAAAAUUAAGGUGACUGAACCAUGCAGGCAGUCGGUUGUUGGGUGACACUGAGCCAUCGUGCUCGGUCACGGUUGUGUGGCCGCGAGGGCCUGCCCCUUGCCCCAACCUGCCACCUCCAGUCCCUCUGCAGGACCUUGUUCAGUAAGACUGGUGUCUGGGAAAAGGACUACCGGGUAGAGACACGGCAGAAAGUGGAGCAGUGGUGGUCCCCUCGUAUCAAGGAGCAGUGGCGUAGGGAUACACAGAAGGAGGAGAAUUCCCAGCAGAAGAAGUUCUAUGUGCUGUCCAUGUUCCCCUACCCGUCCGGCCGCCUGCACAUGGGCCACGUGCGUGUGUACACCAUCAGCGACACCAUCGCCCACUUUCAGAGGAUGAGAGGGCACCAGGUGCUGAACCCCAUGGGCUGGGAUGCAUUCGGGCUCCCAGCAGAGAAUGCGGCUAUCGAGCGGAAACUAGACCCAGAGGAGUGGACCAAAAGUAAUAUCCAGCUAAUGAGGGAGCAGUUGGAAAGCUUGGGUCUCUGUUUUAACUGGGAGAGGGAAAUCACCACCUGCUUACCCAACUACUACCAGUGGACCCAGUACCUGUUUGUCAAACUGUUUGAUGCAGGCCUGGCCUAUCAGAAAGAGGCGCAAGUGAACUGGGAUCCAGUGGAUCAGACUGUUCUGGCUGAUGAGCAGGUGGAUGAGAGUGGUCGAUCCUGGCGGUCCGGGGCAGUGGUGGAGCAGAAGAUGCUGAAGCAGUGGUUCAUUAGAACCACCAACUAUGCCAAGCCUCUCCUGGACUCUCUGGCUGAGCUUCCUGAAUGGUAUGGAGUGAAGGCUAUGCAGGCCAACUGGAUCGGGGACUGCACCGGCUGCUACUUUGACUUCCUGUUGAAGGUGAACGGGCGGGAGACGGGAGAGACUCUGGCGGCCUACACCACUGCCCCUGAGACGGUGUACGGGGCUGCCUACCUCGCCAUCCUGCCCUCCCAUCGCCUCCUGCUGGGCUCCAGCCCCGUCCGGCCCCCGCUGGAGGAGGCCUUCCAGCCUGGGAAAGACUGCCUGACCACUGUCACUGCUCUCAACGUCUUCACGGGCCAGGAAGUCCCUGUGGUUGUUUCUGCCUGCACCGAGUUCCAGGGUCAUCUGGACAGUGUAAUAGGUAUCCCCGACAGCAGUGUGGAGGAAGCGUCGGUAGCGAUGGCACUGGGCCUGAACUGGGACCCAGUCCUGGAGAGCCGACCAGACGGAACGCAGAUACUGCUCAACUCUGGAGAGUUCUCAGGCCUGAGCAGACAGGAAGCCUUUGACUCCAUUACCCAGAAGGCCAGAGACAGGAAAGUGGGUGGUCAUUUGACCAGUUCAAAUCUGCGUGACUGGCUCAUUUCCAGGCAGCGCUACUGGGGCACUCCCAUCCCCGUUGUGCACUGUCCCUCCUGUGGACCCGUGGCCGUGCCGGAGCAGAAUCUCCCCGUCACGCUUCCGAAGCUGCCCUCCCUCACAGGGAAGGGGAAGUCUCCUCUGGAGGCUGCCAGCGACUGGAUCCACUGCUCCUGUCCCAGAUGCAGGGGCCCGGCACAGAGAGAAACAGACACCAUGGAUACGUUUGUGGACUCAGCCUGGUACUAUUUCAGAUACACGGAUCCACACAACACACUCAGGCCGUUUGACCGUGCUCUGGCUAAUCACUGGAUGCCUGUGGAUGUUUACAUCGGUGGGAAGGAACAUGCAGUCAUGCACCUGUACUAUGCUCGCUUUCUCAGCCACUUCUGUCAUGACCAGAACCUGGUUUCACACAGGGAGCCCUUCCGGAACCUGCUGGUCCAGGGACUGAUUAAGGGUCAGACAUUUAAAGUGGCAGAGAGUGGUCAAUACCUGAGGCGAGAGGACAUCGAUUUUUCAGGGGAGGAGCCAGUGCAGGCAGGCAGUGGGAGGAAGCUUCAGGUGACGUGGGAGAAGAUGAGCAAGUCCAAACACAAUGGGCUGGACCCGCAGGAGGUGGUGCGACAGUACGGCAUUGACACUGUGCGCCUCUUCAUCCUGUAUGCUGCGCCCCCUGAACAGCACAUCCUGUGGGACGUUAAGACGGAUGCACUCCCUGGCGUGCUACGAUGGCAGGUUCGCUUGUGGGGGCUGGUGAGUAAGUUUAGGGCGAUACGUCAGGCAAGCCCCGCCCCCAACCCCACCCUGCUCAGCAAGAAGGAGCAGGCAGCAGCCAGGAAGAUCUGGGAGUGCAAGAACUACACGGUGGCUCAGGUGACGGAUCACUUCACGGAGGAUUUCCUGCUGAACGCAGCUAUCUCCCGCCUCAUGGGCCUCAGCAACGUCCUUUCUCAAGCCUCGGCCCGAUUGGUGGAGCACAGCGUGGAGUUCGAGGAGGCCCUGUCUGUCCUGUGUGUGAUGGCUGCCCCUCUGGCUCCACACCUGGCCUCUGAGCUCUGGGCAGGUGUGUCCCAGGUGAGGAACAGUCUUUGCCCUGGUCGGGAGGGGGACGUCCUGCAGCAGUCCUGGCCCACUGUGGACCCAGAGUACCUAGAGAAGCCUGACACCCUGGAGGUCACUGUGCGGAUCAAUAAUAAGGCUUGUGGGACGGUGACUGUCCCCCGGGAGCAUGCCCAGAACGCAGAGGUGGUGAGGGAACUGGUGCUGCAGAGCCCACUUGGUCUGGAGCUCCUUGGUCAAUGCACCAUCAGAAAGGCCAUCCUGUCCCCAAGGACUGCCCUUAUUAACUUCCUGGUGGAGGACUGAUGAUCAACGGUUGAGCCAACUGUCCAUUAUGAAGAACAUGGACUACAGGAACAGUGCCCAGGAAACUGGACUCCUGCCUCACGUCCUGUUACUGGCUGUCAUCCAGAUUCUUGGAAAAUCAUGUUGUUUCUUUCAAAUGCUUUAAAGCUUCAUGUGCCUCAUAGUAUUGUCUUCCAAGUCUCAAGGCAAGUGAGAUCCAGUUGGUAUGAGGGCCUAGCGAACCGAAAAACUUACUUUAAAUUGCAAAAAUGAAUUCAGACGGGAGACUGAAAGGCCCAGCCAGUGAAGGCCUAGCCAAAGGGAGAAUUUACCAUGGUAAAAUUUGCAUAGCGGCCUUCUUAUCUGCUGAUUUGAAAGGGGGCAAGAAUAUUUGCACUAAAAUAAAUGUUGUGCUCAGCCACCCGUCAGGGCUGUGACAGUGGGGUGAACAUUACGCUGGCAACGGGCUCAACCCUGUUCUGCACUGCUGCUGUCAUCUUCCCAGGCUAUUUCUGUCUUUUCUGUUUCCUGCUGCAGUGCAGAACUGCAUUUCUGAGGGCCUUGUUCCACAGUGAGGCCCCUGACAACACCCCACCCGCCCACCCACACUCGCACACCCUUUCACUCUUUGCCCUACCGGCAGAGAGUUCCAGAAUGUUUGUUGGAUUUUUGGCAGGAAUCAAAUACUUUCUUAUGUAACUGAUUAAAACAGGCUCAUUUCACACCUUUAGCUUUAGCACAGCCAAGAAUGCUGCAGCCCACUGCCUGAGUGAAUCAGACGCAGCAGUCAUGUGGAGCACCCGGUGCUGCACUUGGACAUGGUGUUGUUGUGUAACAGGGUGGGGCGGACUGGGGCCUGUUGCCUGGUGGCCUUCUAGAACCCCUUUGUGCUCUGCAUGAAUUCCAGACCCUGUCAGCAGUUCUGUUGGAACCUGGACGUGGGGUCACUAUAGGCCAGUCUGCCACUGUUCAUCUGCAGAGCUACAGCCUGGCAGGCUUUGUUCAUAUCAGUUCAUGUUUUUCUGCUGCUUGUUGACUCAGGUCAGCUCAGUAAGGCCACUGGUGCCGGCACAUUUACAUAUGUGCUGGGAGUGGAGUCACAAGCCACAUAAUUAUGUGUAUAUUAGUAUCAUUACGAAGACACAAGUUCUAUAAUCAGGAGGGGAAAGGGUUACCUCACAUUUUGAAGUCCAGCGCAUGAACUUCAGUCCAAAUAACUGGAUUUCUUCAGUUUGUCAUUGUGCUGCAGCUCUGGUUGUGGGUGGGACUGUGGGGAAAAAACAUCCUGUUGUAACAGGUCAGCUACCCUCUGAGACACCUAAUGUCAGUCUGGCCAUAGAGCUGCAGGUUAAAGUGAAUGUAGUGUGCUUCAAUUGGAAUUACGUGAAAUACCAUGCAAUAAUGUCUGCCAUCACCAAGACGGGUGUCAAGUGUGAGAAUAAUUUAUUUUACAAGUAAACAUUUCUGCUAUAAA